UGAUGAAGCAUCUGCUGUCACCACCAGAGCUCAAGAAACGAAGAGCAAACAAGACAUCAAGCCACUGCAUGUAUCAAAGGAGACAUCCCGAAUUUAGGUUUGCAGGAACUGAAGGAAGCACAGAAGAAAGACCCUUCACUGCAGACACUUUGGGACAAUGCCCGGGAGAAAGUUAAGCACAAAACAAAGAGGAUAUGAAUAUUCCUGUGGUGAGUUUGUAAUUGUCGAAUUCUACAAAGGUAACAAGUAUGACUUUGCAUCUGAGAUUAUUUACAGUGUGAAAAAAGGCUGCUACUGUGACAAACUGAAAGCUGGUCUAUAUAUCUUACUGAGCAUGAAAGGUCUUUGGAGCAAAGUUGGCUACAAAUAUGGUGUCAUGCAGGUGACAGAUCUUGUCUAUUUUGUAAAUUAUAACUUCAGAAAUGAAAGAAUAAUUGAAAAGGAACUAAAGUAUUGUGAACCUAAUUUACCAGUGGGACCUCACCUUCCACAUGAACUAUCUACAAGUUGUCCUUCAAUACCUUAUUCCUGUCUCAACUGCCAUCAUGACCUACACUAUAAAAUGGUGGAAAUUAUUUGUACAUUUGAUUUCAUUCUCAAGAUUGACAUCAAGAUACUUCCUGGUUCAG